CCGUAUGCCCGCCCAGCCCUGCCCCCGCCGCUGAGGACAGGGGGAGGGUCUCGGCCUGCAGGCUCCCGCCCCGCCGGGGCCCGGGCGAGCAUGGGCGGCAAGCAGAGCACGGCGGCCCGCUCGCGCGGCCCCUUCCCGGGGGUCUCCACCGACGACAGCGCCGUGCCCCCGCCGGGAGGGGCGCCCCACUUCGGGCACUACCGGGCGGGCGGCGGGGCCAUGGGGCUCCGCAGCCGCUCGGUCAGCUCCGUGGCGGGCAUGGGCAUGGACCCCAGCACGGCCGGCGGGGUGCCCUUUGGCCUCUACACCCCCGCCUCCCGGGGGGCCGGCGACGCCGAGAGGGCGCCCGGCAGCGGAGGGUCGGCGUCCGACUCCACCUAUGCCCACGGCAAUGGUUACCAGGAGACGGGUGGCGGUCACCAUAGAGACGGGAUGCUGUACCUGGGCUCCCGAGCCUCGCUGGCGGAUGCUCUACCUCUGCACAUCGCACCCCGGUGGUUCAGCUCGCACAGUG